AUGAAUUCUGUUCCUGUGUUGACUGUAAAACCAUGGAGAGCCCUCUUUGAUGAGAAGUUCCAUGUGGUUGUGGGGAACUUACCACCGACACAGGAGGUCACACUACAUUCUUUACAUCAGUCUGAAGACACAGACUACUGGGAGGCGUUUGGGCACUAUGUCAGUGAUGCUCAGGGAAGGGUCACAGUUGCCAAAGAUGAAAGUUUUGGGGGCACAUAUGAGGGUGUUGAUCCAAUGGGUUUGUUGGCGAGCAUGAGACCAAUACCUGGCAGUAGAACUGGACUCAGAUUCAGGAUCAAAGAAGUCCACACUCCCAUGGUGGUGCACAUCUCUGUGUACAGGGGACACGUGAGUCAGGGGUUCAGGGAGCAGGUGGCCCUGGCGAGUGUCGUCACAGAGCGCUGGUACAUGGCCCCCGGAGUCCGCAGGGUCGACAUCACAGAGGGAGGGGUCACAGGUACCCUGUUCCUGCCACCAGGUCCCGGACCCUUCCCUGGAGUUUUAGACAUGUGGGGAGGUGGUGGCGGCCUGGUGGAAUAUCGAGCUGCUCUCUUAGCAUCCCACGGUUUUGCUGCCAUGGCAUUAAUGUACCUCUUCCCAGAUGCACAGAAAGCUGCUACCAUUGGCUUCCAUUACAUUGAGAAUGCUUUCAGACUGCUGCAGGAUCACCCUCUAGUGGCCUCUGACAAAAUUGCCCUGCUUGGCACGUCCUUUGGUGCCUCAGUCGCUUUAUCCCUCGCUGUCUUCUCAGAAACUGUAAAACCAAUAUGUUGUGUGUGCAUCAGUGGCAGCCAUGUUCUUACACUCAAAGCCAACCAGUCCAUUGCGGAAUCCUUCAACGUGAUGAAAGAACACGUCCAUAAGUCUCGCAUGGAUGAGAACAAUUGCAUAAUCUGGAGGGACACUCUUCUACCCAUUCCAGAGGAUUCUGACCUGAAAGUAGAUGUGGGGAGGAUAACAUGUCCAUUACUACUGGUUGUCGGACAAGAUGAUACGAAUUGGGCUGCUGUUGAAUCAGCUGAUGAUAUGACGCAGAUGAUGGAGAGAGCAGGGAACAGUCACCUGCUGACCACUCUGUCCUACCCUGGAGCUGGUCACCUGAUUGAACCUCCCUAUGGUCCCCACUGCAGGGCUUGUACCUUUGUGUUGCAGCCAGGACAACAGAGAGUGGUCGUGCUGUGGGGAGGCCUCGCCAAACCUCACGCCGUUGCACAGGAAGACUCAUGGAAGAAGAUUCUAGAUUUUUUGCAAGAGCAUCUCUGUCACAGUGUCAAACCCCAUGUGUAUUCCAGACUGUGA